AUAGUUACGCCCAAGGCAGUCGGUAUCUUAUGCAGAAAAUCAUCGUCAAAAGUGCUAUGGAGGAGGAGGACGAAUUUAUUGACGUCGUCUCUACUGAGAAGGAAAUACCAUCGACACCAAAAGAAAAAACGCCAGCCGUCUUCCGCAUUGCCGAUAUUUUAUCGAAACCUAGCAAGCCCGACGAAAUAUACAACUUUUGGAAUAUACCUCGACCGCCACCUCCGUUUUUGAUGAACCCCUACUUUCAGUCACACCUUCUUCCCUAUCAAAUACCUCCAAGAUUUUAUCCUUCACCGCCUUUUAACACGGAAGUCCGUAAAAAGAAGCCAGAAGUUGCAUCGGCAAAUAUCAAAUAUACUUGUGAAUCUUGCGGUAAAGCCUACGCAACUUUUAGUGGCUUGUCGAAGCAUAAACAAUUCCAUUGCUCAGCAGAACACGGUAAAAAGGAAUUGUCCUGCAAAUACUGCAAUAAAACCUACACAUCUUUGGGGGCUCUUAAGAUGCAUAUAAGAACGCAUACGCUACCGUGCAAGUGUCGAUUGUGCGGAAAAGCUUUUUCCAGACCCUGGCUUCUGCAAGGUCACAUUCGUACUCAUACAGGAGAGAAGCCGUUCAGUUGUGCACAUUGUGGAAGGGCGUUUGCGGAUAGGUCGAAUUUAAGAGCUCACCUCCAAACUCACUCAGACGUUAAGAAGUAUUCAUGUUCAACUUGUUCAAAAACUUUUUCUCGAAUGAGUCUAUUAACAAAACACAGAGAUUCUGGCUGUAUUGGAUUGGUUCGAUAAUUAUAUACUUUUAUAUAUUUGGUGCUUAUCAUCAUCUUUACUCUCCCGGCUCUCUCUCUCUCUCUCUCUCUCUCUCUCUGCCCCCGCUCUUUUCCGUCGAUUCCUAUUCAUUUCCAUUCUAGAUGAGCAGAUAAAAAAUUUGGGAAAAAACAAUGAAACUAAAAACAACAUAAUUUAUAUAGAAAAUGAAAUUGGAAAUGAAUAGAUUAAAAGAAACUUGUACAUUUUGUAAAAAUUCAAAACAUAAAAAAUGAAACAAAUAUGCAGUCGAAUAAUAAAAAUGAAGAAAAAAAAUGCCAAAUAGAGAAUAAUCAAUUUAGAAUUUACAGUAAAAAUCGUAUUUUAAAAACACUUAACAAAAUAUAUAACAAAACUGGAAAAAAGAGUUAAUUUAUCAAUUUUUUUCUAUUUUUCCAGUUUUGCAGUAGAUUCUCUCACUCUUUUCGGACAAAAAAAAAUGUCAAGAAAUGUUCUUCUUAUUUCUUCUUUGUUCAAUAUAAUAAACUUAAGUUUGUUAAAAUUGACAUACAAACAAAGCAUGUAGUAGAAAGAACCAAACAGGACAUAGAAGAGAGACUUGGUCGACCUUUAACGAUGCUUUUUCUCUUCUUUGUUGGUGAAAAAUUAUGUUAUUGAAUUAAAAUUUUUAAAUGGAGAAUUUUGAAUUGAAUUGAAUUAUUCUAUUUUUAGUUUUAAGCAAAUUUUUAAAAUUCAGUCUCUUGUCAUUUUUCCGGCCAUCUUUCUCUAAUCUUCUCUACUUUCAGUAGGCAAGGAGAAAACGAGAAUAUUUUAUAUAACUGUAUAUGUUUGUACUUGGAAGAGAGGAUGGAGAGAGAGGAAGAGAGAACAGGCUACUAAUCCAAACAGAAAUAUUGUUUUUGUUUUCCUUUUACCUCCCCAACAUUACUAGUUUGCCAUUUAUAAUAAAGUUCUUAAUUCGAUAUAUUAUCGAUACGAUUUGACAUAGAAAAAGACACGUGAUUGAUUACGAAACGAGCAAAUAAACUGGGAGAGUUUUUAUUACACAAUCAAAAAGGUUUCGUAAUCGUUGAAAAUGUUAGCGUGUGCGUCUGUUUGAUGGCGUGUGUUUAAGUGUAUCUGCUAAAUUUUGUCGGCCGCUCCAAUCUCUCCAGGAGGAGAGAAAGAAAGAUGGAAAGAAAAGAUAGAAGGAAGAAGAGUACAAAGAAUCUUAUACAAACCAUUAAAGAGAUGUCUGCACAAAUGUGCACAUUUCUUUACAACAUGUCUACCGUAAAUAAACAAACAAAGACUAACCCCUCAACGCAACUUUGUAGACGUCGGCUACAGUUUCCACUUGCGCAAGAGAAACAUUCGAUAAAAUCAAGCCACCCAAUGCAAUACGCGGUAUUAUCCACCUAAUCCUUAUAGAUGGAGGCGUUGACAGCUUAUUGACUCACCUGCAUAAUAGACGUCCGAAUGCCUGUCGCGAUGUCUAUGCAUAAAUCGAUACGAUUAACUAUUCGAAUUGCGAAAACAGUGUAUAUUUCUUGUCCGUCCAUGUAGAACAGGUGUUGCGUGGUGUGGGAGGAGGCAAUAGAGUAAAGAAAGAGGAGAAAGGGCAAUCGAAAGAAAAUUCUCUCCUCUCAUUUUUUCUCACUUUCCACCUCCUCGUAUCCCUCCCCCCUCUCUUUCUUUCUUCCCACCUUUCCUGCUUCCGUCCGUAAAACAUCCGAAACGGAUCGCUACUGCCGUUUUCUUUCAAAAUGACAAGUUGACAAGAGUUAACAGAGAUAAAUAGAUAGAUAGGCAGAUAGACAGAUAGACAGAUCGUGUGAGAAAAAGAUAGAUAGAGAUGGACAUAGAGGGAGCGGUGGAAGAAGGUGGGAACGGAGGGCGGAUUUGAGAACGGGAAGGAGGGAGAAAGGAAGAGAAGGAGAGGGGGAAGAAGACGAAGAAGAAAA